CACCACUUCCUUUCGUCAAGUAAACUUUCAUGCGGGGCAUUGCCAAUAUCACAGACCUCGUUAAUGGCUUCCGCUAUUCAAAGGUUCUGUUUGCAUCUGUGAAGCUUGGUAUCUUCGAUACGCUCGCACAGCAUAAGAAUGGCUUGGCAGUGCAAGAGCUUGCAAAGAAGCUUCCCAACCAAACCUUUGAGACGACUGAUGGAUUAUCGAGACUCUUACGAUGCUGCGUUAGCUUGGAUCUCCUUUCCAUGGAUGCGGAAAACCGCUUUUCCGUGCUACCAGAAACGAGAAAGCACCUGACCACAUCCAGCCCACAAAGUUUGGUAGGAUACAUCAAUCAUUCCAACGACAUGCUGUAUCCUCUGUGGCAGAACUUGGAAGCAUCUGUGGUAUCUGGUUCAACAUGCUGGAAGGAAUCAUUUGGGUUUAUCGAAGGAGGUGAUCGUGCCAAGGCAUUCGAACACAUCUAUCAUGGCCCAGAGGGAGCCAAACGAUUCCAGCGUGCUAUGGAAAGUGCAGUGAAUAUGUCGGCUCCACAGAUCGUGAAAAUGGUCCAGUUAGAUUGGGUGUCGGGUAUUCUGGACUUGGGAGGAAGUACAGGACGAUUUUGCAGUCACUUUUUGGAUGCCAACCCCCGUUGCCAACGAGCUAUGGUAUUCGACCUGCCGCAUAUUGUAGAUCUAGCCCAAGAUAUGCGCAAAGACGUACCUAUCAACCAUCGCGUAGAAUUCUUGAAAGGCAGUUUCUUCGAUCCACUUCCCGAGCUUCCCGGCGAAAUCAAUACCAUCUUAUUAUCCCGGAUUUUGCAUGAUUGGGACGAUCCAACCUGCGAAAUCAUCCUCAAGAAUGUACAUGCUGCACUGGUUAAAUCAAAGGCUCGGCGUGCUGGCGUAGUCAUCUUUGAUAUGCUGUUUGAAGACGACACAAAAGUAACUCCAAAAGAUACCGCCAUCCAAGAUGUUAAUAUGCUAGUUCAAACCGGAGGACGAGAACGCAGUGUCAGCGAAUUGACCUGUUUGCUGGAGAAGAGCAACUUCACAGAUAUCCAGGUACAUCGCACUGGCGACCUGCAGGAUGUCACUGUUGCUUUCUGCAAGUGAAUUUGACGAAGCAAACAUAUACCUUCAUUUGAUGAUUUUGUAUUGUAGUACACUUCUUCCAUUCACCACAUCAAACAAACCGAUAUUGCUGCAGGCCAUGAAAAAAACUCUACAUUAUUUACAUGAUGGCAUGAAAGCAUCCACAUAUACGAUGAGUGUGCUAAGUCUAAAUAUAAAUAAAGUAAAAAAAAAAAAAAGAAAGAAAGAGAUAGAAGAGUCGAACGUA